GUGGUUCUACUUCUAAAAUGCCUAAGACAACCACUCGGAGCAUGGUGGUUAACUCAAUAUAAUUUAUUGAGUUUUUAAACACUUAAUUUUCGACAUAUCAAACAAAUAGUAAGCUCUGUAGUCUCAAGGUCCUAUUUGUUCCGAUUUUCCUCUGUCAAAUUCCACAUUUUAGACAAUUACUAAUGAGCUUAAAUAGAGUCUUUUACAAUAGUAAGAGAAGUCUUUCAAGGGUUUAUUAGCUUAAAGAAAAGAGUUAACAAAUGAUUAAAAAGUCUUUCCCCCAAGUCUAGGCUUCUGUCAUUAUCCCACUUUGACUUAGUCUUCUCUCACUCUUUCCACACAAUCUUUAUACUUAUCUCUCUCUCUGUUUUCUUAAUCACUUCCUCUGUCUUCUCAACACAAACCCAAAGACACACUAGUGUUCUGUGUUCAUAGUCAAUCAAAUCAUGUACUAUCUCCCCACUUCUUCUCUUGUCCUUUUCUUCCUCGUCUUCUUCUUCUUCUUCUUCUCCUCCAACCAUCUUUCUUGUGCUUCAACUAAAGAAGGGCUUGGGUGGUGUGAGGCUAUGUUCGAGUGUGGGAACAUCACCGCUGGGUUUCCUUUCUCCGGUGGGAGUCGUCCCCAGUUUUGCGGUCAUCCAUCUCUGGAGCUUCACUGCUUUCACAACAAGACAUCUAUAAUAAUCUCUAAUCAUCUGUACGAUGUUCUCCACAUAGAUCAAACAUCUAAGACUCUAAGACUUGCCAAAGCAGAGCUUCGAGGUUCUUUUUGCACCGCUACAUUCACAAGCACAACGUUGCCUCCCGAUAUCUUUGAGCUUUCACAAACCUCUCAGAGCCUCACUGUGUUUUACCUCUGUGACCGUAACAAUUGGUACAACUCGAGUUAUACAUGUCUUCAUAGAGGUCCUGUCUCAGUGUCUAAAAACCUUGAUUACCACAAAUCCUGCCAAGACAGUUUCACAAUUAACGUUCCCAAGAGCUACGUACCGGAAGAGAAAGAGUUGAAUCUGAAACAUUUGGAAAAUGCUUUGCAUGAAGGGUUUGAAGUGCAUGUGAAGAUUGAUGAGCAACCAUGUGAAGAAUGUGUGUCCUAUCAUGGAAUCUGCAGCUUCAAAAAUACAACACAGAUCUGCUGCAAGAAUGACUCAUCAUCAAGAUGCAAUCCACUCCAUAUACCUGGCGCUAAUGAGCUUCACAGACUCUGCAGUCAACCGUUUACCUGCGGCAAUCAGAACGGUCUCUUGUACCCUUUCUGGACAUCUGAAAGAAAAGACUGUGGCCACCCUGACUUCGAGCUCAACUGUAGUAGCGGAUUCGCAGAGCUUAGUAUCUCCUCCGUGAAGUUUAGAAUCUUAGAGGUGAAUUAUGAAUCUCGUUUCAUAAGACUAGCAAGAUCGGAUUAUAUCGGGGAUCUUUGUCCCAAAGAUCCUUUAAACGUGCCAUUCGACGAAAGCGUCCUUCCACUUGUUCCUAACACCACUCAGCUAACAAUUUACUACGACUGCAAUCAAGACUUCUCAGGGUAUGUUUCUACUUACGUUGGAGCGCUUGCUUGUGAUGAUGUUGAUGGCAAAGGAAAUUAUUAUGUAACGAGAAACCUCUCUUCCCCUCUGCUUCAAGGAAGUCGUGGUGUUUUUAACGACUUCAGAGAAUUUUGCGAUAAGAACGUCAGUAUUCCUGCAUAUGGUCCCGCGCUGACCACACUGCAGACAUCUUCAAGCAGAGAUAAUCUAAAGAAGGCUCUCGAAGAGGGUUUCGAGCUUGGACUUAACCAGGAAUGUUCGAGGUGCUUCGCCCUUCAGGGUGCUUGUGGAUAUAAUCGGACCUCAAAUAGAUUCGCAUGCUAUUACAUCGUCGAGCCCAAUGUCCGUGCCAGGAAAAAAGGUGUCUCUCCUGGAGCUAUAGCAGGAAUCGUUGUUGCUUCGGCAUCGGUGCUGUUAUUCCUGAUAGCCGGAGGCUUGUUCUGUCUAAUCAGACGUAGAAGGAAAACACAGACAGAUCAAUACACAAGCAAAGACUUGCCAGUAACGUCUUACUCAAGCAGAGAAACAUCAAGCUAUCCAACUUCCACAACAAUCUCCGCCAGCAGCAACCAGUCCCUCCUCCCCUCAAUCUCAAGCCUCCCCAACGGAAGCACCUACUUCGGAGUUCAAGUCUUCAGCUACGAAGAACUCGAGCAAGCCACCGAUAACUUCUCUAGAGAGCUCGGCGACGGCGGCUUCGGCACCGUCUACUAUGGCAUGUUGAAAGACGGACGAGCCGUGGCCGUGAAACGGCUCUACGAACGUUCUCUAAAACGCGUGGAACAGUUCAAGAACGAGAUCGAAAUCUUGAAAUCCCUCAAGCACCCAAACCUCGUGAUACUCUACGGCUGCACCUCCAGACACAGCAGAGAGCUCCUCCUCGUCUACGAGUACAUCUCAAACGGAACUCUCGCCGAUCACCUCCACGGAGACCGCGCCGCGCCUCGUCCUAUCUGCUGGCCGGUUCGUCUAAACGUGGCCAUCCAAACCGCCAGCGCGUUAUCUUUCCUCCAUGAGUCAGGGAUCAUACACAGAGACGUGAAGACAACCAACAUCCUCCUCGACGAGGACUACACCGUCAAAGUAGCCGAUUUCGGCCUCUCGAGGUUAUUUCCAAUGGAUAAAACUCAUAUCUCCACAGCACCGCAAGGUACUCCGGGUUACGUGGACCCGGAGUACUACCAGUGCUACCGUUUAAACGAGAAGAGCGACGUUUACAGCUUCGGAGUCGUACUAACAGAGCUAAUCUCGUCAAAAGAAGCAGUUGAUAUCACGAGGCAUCGCCACGAUAUCAACUUAGCGAACAUGGCAGUGUCCAAGAUCCAGAACAACGCGGUGCACGAGCUGGUUGACCCGAGCCUGGGGUUCGCGAAGGAUCCGGAGGUGAGGAGGAAGAUGAUGGCGGUGGCUGAGCUCGCGUUCAGGUGUUUGCAGCAGGAGAGGGAAGUGAGGCCGUCGAUGGAUGAGAUCGUGGAGGUUUUGAAAGGGAUCAAGGGGGAGGAGGAGCCGGAUGUGGUGGAUAUUGAGGGGAGGGGAGGAGAUGACGUUGGGUUGCUGAGGAGUAGUAGUGUUCCGCCGCCGAUCUCGCCGGAGACUGAUAAGUGGACGAGUAGCUCUGAUACGGCCACGAGUUCAUUUUGAGAGACUUAAUUAAUUAGGGUCGUUCAUCUGUGAUAUAGAGACACUGUAACUUUUUUUAUUUACCUCUGUUUUUUUUUUAAUUGUUUUUUGGGCUAUGCAAUCCUUACUUAUUACUAAACUAGUAUUUGGUCCCGUACUGCGUACGGGUAAAUAAUUCUGUAAAAAAUAUGUAUUUCUUGGUUCAAAUAUACCAGCAGCAUAUAGAUUGUCUCUCGCUA